AUGGCUGGUCGCCCUUUAUCCUACCCCGCAUCCUUGCCCCCCUUUUCCCUUCCACAAGACAACUCUAUACAGCCCUAUUCUGCCAUGUCUCGACCUAUACAGCUCUCCAUUGGUAAAAUAUUCACUCCCAGCCCACAUCUCGUCCACUUGAGGCAGACAAGUUCCACAACCCGAGUCGUUUGGCUUACUAUUUUUGCACUUUGGGCUGAAAUAUAUGCCCCUCAUUUCUUCGAAGAUGCUUUCGAGGACUCUAUCAUCGUUAUUCUGCUCCACCUUUUUUGUGGCUGGACCCGUUCCAUCCUCAAAUCUAUCACUCAAAUCGUCUCAUUAACCAUCUUCAACCUUCUAUCCUUGUUCAUAUACCCAUCUCUGAAGGAUUACGAGCCCAAAUCGAAGACUUCUCCAAUUAAACGGGAAUAUUCCUCAAAUAAGAGCAAUUUCCAUCGCGCUUCACCUCUCCCAUCUCCUGUCAGACCAGCCAUAACUCCCAUUAAGGCACCAGCCCCUAUUGAUGAUGGGGACAAGGUUGUAACAACUUCUCCGCACCACCCUAAUUUGCUAGAAAAUAUCACCUCCGUAUCGACGCCCAUUCUCAAGACAAGUCUUACUACACCCAAACUGCCUCCUAUCCUAUCUAAGACGGGUUUCUCCAAGACGGUCUCCCCCAAAGGAAAAUCCCGCAAAGCAGGAAAGGCACCUUCAGAGCGUGGAUAUAAGCAAUUUAUCAAGGGAAAUGUCCCUCCGAAGCAACUUCCUCCUACUGAAAAAUUAGAGGAGGUGGAUCCACUUGCUCCGACACCAUUCCAGCCCAAGGCAACCAGAUCGGCCUAUUUGGACGACCUCGCAGACAUGACUGCCUUUUUAGAGCAAAACAUACCUGUUCAAUCCCAACCGCCGACGUUUAGUCCUCUAGAUUAUAAAAUUCUCUUCCCUGAAGAUGACAAUGUUACCAAAUACGAUCAUAAUACAAUCCAAUUGGGAGGGCCUCACGAGGAGAUACAAGUGUCUAAAGCUCCUCUUCUCGAAGACGCGAUUCAACCGUCCAAUAGAACUCCGGAACCUGUAAAAUUAGAUCAAACACCGAGCUCCAAUUCUUCACGUUAUGCCCCCUUCGCACUCUCUGACCCAGUUUCUUCAUCCUUAUUCACCCACGAGCCAGCUAUCGUUGCAAAGUCGGGAAAAUACACAGCUCAAAACCCGGUUACGCAACCGCCCGUCUCUAAACUUGCACAUCCACAAAUUUCACUUGACUGGUCUGCCCAAGACACCGAGGGCCAAAAAAUCCAUGACCAUGAAAUGGUUGACGCAUACAGCGCAAAGUAUCAUCUUAAUGACACGGUGAUAGACAUCGACCUGUACCCGGGCAGUUCAACCAAUGAUGAAAAGGAUACCGAAAUGGCCCAUGAGUACAUGAAAGAUGUACCUCCGCAAUACGUCGCGGUUUCAUAUCCCCCUAUAUGCAAUGAAACGCCUCAGCCUGAGGUACUGAUGUCAGAUGGGCAUUGCAAAAUAAUCAGCCUAUCAGUUCAAGAAGCGAUCUGCAAUGGAGACAUGGAAAUGAGUGAUGAGGAUGAAUUUAUUCCAGUACUUGAUGAAGAGUUAUCCAUGGACCUAUCUACUCCUAUGUCUCCUGUGCCGGUAAACAUACCUUUCGGAAUAUCCACAUUGGACUCUUCCACUUCAAUUUUGCCGUCACCCCUUUCUCCCAAAAUCGGUGUAUCAUCUGAACCACCCGUUUUGGAUGCGUCCGUUCCGGUGUCAUCAUAUUCCCCAGCCUCAAACCUAUACGUCCCCCCGCUCACUCUAAAUCUGUCGCUUUCAAUAUCAUCCCAUCCUCCGUCGGGCAAUAUACCUCCUGAAACAGCUAUUUCGGACGUACCGACACCAAUCACAAACCCGCUCCCCUCGCCUCUGAGCACACCCCCUGAUGUCUCACCCCCGCUUCAAAGGAACCCACCACCGGGGCCAUCUUUAUUGGAUCUAUUCGCUGACAUCGCUUUGCAACACCCAAUUGGCAAAACCACCCCCAAACCUGUCGAUAGCUCUGUACUUCCAGCUCCCAUUCCCGAAAUGACUUCAACGAACCUGGCUCAUGGACCGCACUCCGAAGCCCUCAACAUUCAGUCAGAAGAAUUUAGGCCAAAUAUCAUAACUCCCGAGGCUUUCGCGGAAGCCCUACUAGCUAGCAAAUCAGAGAGCGAUCCAGCCGAGAUAGAUGAUGCCGAAUCCUUCUUGCACUUUCUGGAACAAAUUACGGCACAGAAUAAUCAAGGUGAAAAUGAUCUCGCCACGAUGAUUUCAUUUGAUCACGCCCUGAAUCCGACGCCACCCCCACCACCAACGCACUCAGAAGGAGGGUCGAAUUGUAAUGUGCCAAUAUCUCUGCCUUUGGCGCCAGCCUUUGCACUUCCAACUCCUAAAGCAGGUCCAGAUAGCAACUCUGGCAUUAGCACACGAAAGCCAGAUACCAUACCAAUUUACCCGAAUAAUAUCAUCCCGGUAGAUGAUGUUGCUACUUCUACGAUGGGUUCCAAUUCUUUGGUUCAACCAACUAAUACGAAUACGAAUCUAAUGCAAAUUACCAACCCUACGCUGCACCCAUCCUCCGGAUUCUCAACGAUAUCCUCAGAAGAUGAAGUAAAAAUCAUUUCCAACUUAAAUCACGGCCAACAGUCGCUUGGGACAAUAUCAUCCGUAGCUAAUAAGGACCAGUUGCGCAAUCCUAUUCAAGUCGGCAUACAUACACCUUACACUUCAGCCGUCUCAGAAGGCCCUGUUAUCGUAUCUAAUGCAGUUGCAUCGACUUCAGGGUCGAGCGGAAGCACAGCUCCAACGAAUUCGUCAACUACUAGGAACAUUCUGCCGCUCCCAAAGCCCCGAAACGGGGGAAUAUUCAGGAAAGAACCAAAUGACGUACAAAAGACUUCUGGGGCAUCUUCACCUAUUACAGCUCCUACAACGUCUGAUCCUCUCUUACGCUCUCGGACGAGGAUUGGCCCAUCACCUUUAUCGCAAUCAGUGACUGCCCAAGAUGAUCAAGCAAAAACGGAAGAAGAAGAUUAUAAUGAUUUAAUGAAGGAGAUGAAGGAAAAGGCAGCUCUCCGAGCACUGAAUCGCUCCCAAGCAAACGUCAUCGAACAACACCUUUGA